CCAGGGCUGUCAUUUCAAUACUGAACGAAGCUCAGGGAAGAAGAGGUCGCGCAGUCCUUGUUCACUUUCGUUUCCUUUGCAGACCUCUUUGUUAUCCUUUUGUUUAUUUUAAUCUUCCAUUAAAAAAAACAAAAACAAACAACCGCUCUCCUUGGUCGAAAUGUACCGGUAUUUCGGAGAGCUUGUGAGCCGCGGAGCAGGCAGCGCUCUUGCGGCGGGAUGUGUGGAGGCAGCGAUGCCGGCUUCAUCAUCUGUAAUGCGGCUAAGGCACUAUAGCGACGCCGCGGAUAAAGAGGACGACCCCAACUUCUUCAGGAUGGUGGAGGGCUUCUUUGACCGCGGCGCCGCCAUCGUGGAGAACAAGCUAGUGGAGGACCUGAAGACGAGAGAGACACCCGAGCAGAAGAGACACCGAGUCCGGGGCAUCCUGAAGAUCAUCAAGCCGUGCAACCACGUCCUCAGCGUGUCUUUCCCCAUCAAGAGAGACAACGGAGAGUGGGAGGUUAUCGAGGGCUACCGGGCACAGCACAGCCAACAUAGAACUCCCUGCAAAGGAGGUAUCCGGUACAGCCCAGAUGUGUCUGUGGAUGAAGUCAAAGCCUUGGCCUCGCUGAUGACGUAUAAAUGUGCUGUUGUGGAUGUGCCAUUUGGAGGUGCUAAAGCUGGAGUCAAAAUCAACACCAAAAAUUUCUCCGACAAUGAGUUGGAGAAAAUCACAAGAAGAUUCACCAUUGAGCUCGCCAAAAAGGGAUUCAUCGGACCGGGUAUUGAUGUCCCUGCCCCUGACAUGAGCACCGGUGAGAGGGAGAUGUCCUGGAUCGCCGAUACUUACGCCAACACUAUUGCUCAUACGGACAUUAACGCUCAUGCCUGCGUGACUGGGAAGCCCAUCAGCCAGGGAGGAAUCCAUGGCAGAGUGUCAGCCACAGGGCGUGGCGUUUUCCACGGCAUCGAGAACUUCAUCAACGAGGCGUCCUACAUGAGCAAGGUUGGACUGACACCAGGCUUCGCUGACAAGACCUUCAUCGUCCAGGGUUUCGGAAAUGUUGGCUUGCACUCUAUGCGUUACCUCCACCGUUACGGCGCUAAAUGCGUGGGUGUUGCCGAGAUUGACGGAAACAUCUUUAAUCCUAAUGGCAUCGACCCCAAGGAGCUGGAAGACUACAAACUGCAACAUGGCACUAUUGUGGGCUUCCCUAAUGCUCAGCCCUAUGAGGGUAGCAUCCUGGAGGCAGACUGUGACAUCCUCAUCCCAGCCGCCGGAGAGAAGCAGCUUACCCGGAAGAAUGCUCCUAACAUCAAAGCAAAGAUCAUUGCUGAGGGAGCUAACGGGCCCACCACACCCGACGCUGACAAGAUCUUCUUGGAGAAGAACGUCAUGGUCAUCCCGGACAUGUACCUGAAUGCCGGUGGUGUGACCGUCUCCUACUUCGAGUGGCUGAAGAACCUGAACCAUGUCAGUUAUGGUCGUCUGACCUUCAAGUACGAGAGGGACUCCAACUACCACCUGCUGAUGUCUGUGCAGGAAAGUCUUGAGAGGAAGUUUGGAAAGCAAGGUGGUCCCAUCCCUGUGGUUCCCACUGCAGAAUUCCAGGCUCGUGUAGCAGGUGCCUCUGAGAAGGACAUUGUGCACUCUGGUCUUGCCUACACAAUGGAGAGAUCUGCAAGGCAAAUUAUGCGUACGGCCAACAAGUACAACCUGGGCUUGGACCUCAGGACAGCAGCUUACGUCAAUGCCAUUGAGAAGGUCUUCAAGGUGUACAGUGAGGCUGGCCUGACCUUCACAUAAAUCCUCAAACUCCCCUCUACUCGCUUAUUCAUUCUCUCUAUACCGGCCUUAGACCAACCCUGUGCCCCAUUAUACCACAGCCUUUUGUUAUUUUCACUUUUGUCAGUUUACAAUGACCCCUAUAGUAUCCCCACAUUAUUAAAGUAAAUUAAAUAACAUUUUAAAUUACCCCACUCAUACUUUGCCAAGUUUUUCCAUAUAGUUUGUUCUAAUAUAGAUAUCAUUUCUGUAUACUCCUGUUCUGUAUGACAUGGAAACAAGCUGCUAGUUCUGUCAUGGAGUAUGUCAUGCUACGAUGUUAUUCAGUUCAGUAUAUCACAUUCAGUGUGUUAAUUUUAUACAAAUUUGUCGUUAACUAAUGUUUGCAGUAUUGAUUCUGCUUCCACUGUGCAAAUGAAAUGUAUAUUAUUUUCAUUCGCCAGCCCUCAAAACAUGUUCAGAUUCGUUUAUUCAUAUUGUUUGUUGGCCCAAAGCUUGUGACUCCACAUUGAGUAUUGAAAGAGAACACUAAAGAUGCCUUAGACCUUAGAGCAGGAGUUUUAUACUCGGAGGAAUUCUGUCUGUAUACAGUAGUUAAACCUUCAUAAAAUACCUCAUAGGAAAAAUCCAUCCAACACACUGGUCGUGUUCAGCAGUUUGUCUUGGAGAUGUGCUAAAUCUUAAAUCUUCAAUUUAAAUGAAUAUUAAAUCCAGUGGAUUUAGUGACACUCUAGAAAAGUGCAUGCGUGCAUGUGUGCGUGUGUGUGCGUGUCCGUGUGUGCGUGUCCGUGCGUGUGUGUGCAGCUCAUAGGGGAACAAAACCAUUCAUAACUCAUCUACACCGUCAUGUAGAACUUUGCUUUGGAAAAUUUGUAUUGCUUUUUUGUUGUUGUUGAGAAUAAAGAAAUUAAAACACG